GUUUCUUCAGAUCUUUAAAUCUGUUGCUGAUUUUACUCGAUUUCUCUGAAUCUGGGUGCAGUUGAUGGAGCUCCAGCUAUUUUGACCAUUCAAUUCACAACAAACCCUAAAUCACAAGACUAUUGUUGGCACGGAAGUAAUGGGGACAGAGCUAAUGAGAAUCUGUGUGAAAGAAGAUAGUGAUGAUUUGCCAUCUGUUCCUCCUGGGUUUGAAUCUUAUGCUACUUUUACCUUAAAAAGAGUAGUCCCCGGUACUUCUGAUAAAGCCAAGACUGCUGCAAUUGAAAGUGUUUCUGUUACCGAGCAAGCUAAGAUGGAAGUUGAAUCCGAUGAAGCCAAAGCUGCUCGGGCUCUACGGCGUAGGCCUUGGAUAAAUAAUAGCGGAUGUGAUGAUGAUGAUGAUGGUGCAAAAAACGACAAUGCUGCAUCUCAAAAUCCUGAUCAAAGUUGUGCUGUGAAGCAGUCUCUUCCAAAGGGUGUGGUCAGGGGAUGUGAAGAAUGUAAAGAUUGCCAGAAGGUAACUGCGAGAUGGCAUCCAGAUGAAGCUCGUAGGCCUGACCUUGAAGACGCCCCUGUAUUCUACCCGACCGAAGAGGAGUUUGAAGACACUUUGAAUUAUAUAGCUAAAAUAAGACCGGAGGCUGAAAAGUAUGGAAUCUGUCGCAUUGUUCCUCCUCCUUCCUGGAAACCGCCGUGCCCACUGAAAGAAAAGCAAGUAUGGGAGGGUUCUAAAUUUACGACGCGUGUCCAAAGAGUUGAUAAACUUCAGAAUCGUAGUUCAAUGAAGAAGAUUUCAAAGCUUUCUAAUCAAAUGAGAAAGAAGAAAAGAAAGUGCAUGAAAAUGGGAAUGGAUUCUGUCACUAAUGGCGUGAGCGAUCCCUGUUCUGCAAGCACUGGAAUGAGUGAACUUGAGACGUUUGGGUUUGAACCUGGUCCAGGGUUUACACUAAAAGACUUCCAAAAAUAUGCUGAUGAGUUCAAGGCGCAGUACUUUAAAAAGAGUGAAACUUCUACAGACGAUAAAUGUAAAGUUGAUAAUUCAAUAGACUGCUGGGAGCCAGCACUUGAGGAUGUUGAAGGUGAAUAUUGGUGUAUAGUAGAUAAAGCAACUGAAGAGAUAGAGGUGCUUUAUGGUGCUGAUCUUGAAACUGGUGUAUUUGGAAGCGGAUUCCCCAAGACAUCAUCAAGUCACAAUGCUUCUUCUUCCGAAGAAAAAUAUGCAAAAUCAGGCUGGAACUUAAAUAACUUUCCAAGGCUUCCGGGAUCCCUCCUUAAGUAUGAGGGCAGUGAUAUUUCCGGUGUCCUUGUGCCAUGGCUGUAUAUUGGGAUGUGCUUUUCUUCUUUCUGUUGGCAUGUUGAAGAUCACCACUUGUAUUCGUUGAAUUAUAUGCACUGGGGUGCACCAAAAUUGUGGUAUGGUGUUGGGGGGAAGGAUGCUGUUAAACUCGAGGAGGCGAUGAGAAAGCAUUUGCCUGACCUUUUUGAAGAACAGCCUGACUUACUUCAUAAGCUAGUUACACAACUCUCCCCGUCAAAACUGAAAACCGCAGGAGUACCUGUGCACCGUUGCGUCCAGCAUGCUGGAGAGUUUGUCUUGACUUUUCCUCGGGCAUAUCAUGCUGGAUUUAAUUCUGGUUUCAAUUGUGCUGAAGCUGUGAAUGUAGCACCAGUUGACUGGUUGCCUCAUGGGCAGAUUGCCAUAGAGUUAUACUGUCAACAGGGUAGAAAAACGUCCAUCUCGCAUGAUAAAUUGUUGCUUGGGGCAGCAAGAGAAGUAGUGAAAGCCGACUGGGAGCUGAACUUACUAAAGAAAGAUACUGUAGAUAACUUAAGGUGGAAAGCAUUCAGUGGAAAGGAUGGAAUUUUGGCAAAAACACUAAAGGCACGCAUUGACAUUGAACGUACAAGAAGAGAAUUUCUGUGCAACUCUUCACUUGCAUUAAAGAUGCACAGUAAUUUCGAUGCUACCAACGAGAGAGAGUGCUGUAUAUGCUUCUUUGAUUUGCACCUGUCUGCUGCUGGUUGCCGUUGUUCCCCAGAGAAGUAUUCAUGUUUGACUCAUGUGAAGCAGUUGUGUUCAUGUCCAUGGGUUACUAAAUAUUUUCUAUUUCGCUAUGAUAUCGAUGAACUGAAUGUUCUUGUUGAGGCAGUGGAAGGAAAACUGAGUUCUGUAUAUAGAUGGGCGCGUCAAGAUUUAGGAUUGGCAUUAAGUGCACAGGUCUCAGGAAGCAAGAUGGAGAUAGAUGAGGAAGAAAAAGUCCACAAGGACCUGAGUCCACAAGUAGCUGCACUUUCAGGGAAAGAUUUGCAGUUGAAAGUAACAUCGAGAGAAGAUCUAAGUAAAGAGUUAGAAAAGACUAGUAAAUUAUCAGAUAUUAAUUUACUUCUGAAAGACAAGGAGGAGCAAUUAACGUCAAGUCACUGUAUGAAGCCUGUCAAAGAAGAAACUGUUUAUGAUUCUUCUGAUCCAAACGUUUCAGGUUGCCAACCAUCUGAAGAAGGCAUAAUCUCUGUGACAGCUGCUAAGUCUGCAAGUGGUAAAAAGAAUUCACAGAGUCUACCCAAUGAUGUGAUACUCCUCAGUGAUGAUGAGCAUGACAUACCUAGGAAACGAGGUUCUGUGAGAAGAGAUGCAAUUUCUUCUGGCAAGCAAUUAGAAGUACGAGACAGACCAACCCAUGUUUUAGCGUUAGAAGCUUCUGUUAAAAUUGCUGCUCCAAUUUGUCAAAGGAAAGGAGAUUCGCUGCGUGAUACACGAACCACUAUAUCAUUGCCUACUAAUGACCAAAGAGCAAUGAGUAGGGAUGUACCGAGUUCUACAUUGCACGCGGAAGUUAAGGCUGAGGCUGCUGGGCUUGCUCAGGAUAUAUGUAAUAGAAUGGACACUAACAGCCACGGUGGUGGAAAACCUACUAGUUGUAAAUCCAAAAACUCUGGAGGUGUGGCUAUAGUGGAUGUUGUUGAUGGGACAAGAAGUAAUUCAGGUACACCGUCUUGCUCGCAAAAUAAUAGUCCUGAUAAGUUCAUCCGCCAAAAGGGUCCCCGUAUUGCAAAGGUCGUGAGGAGAAUCAAUUGCAAUGUAGAGCCUUUAAGUUAUGGAUGUGUGCUUUCUGGAAAAUCAUGGUGCAACCGACGAGCAAUUUUUCCUAAAGGAUUUCGUAGCCGGGUUAGGUACAUGAACAUUUUGGAUCCAACAAAUAUGUGCUUCUACAUUUCAGAAAUUCUGGAUGCUGGACGCAACAGUCCAUUGUUCAUGGUUUACUUGGAGAGUAAUCCCGGUGAGGUUUUCGUUCAUUUGUCACCUACAAGAUGCUGGGAGAUGGUAAAAGAUAGAGUAAAUCAAGAGAUAAGUAAGCAGCACAAAGCUGGAAAAUCAGAUCUUCCUCCUUUGCAACCCUCUGGGAGUCCUGACGGUUUUGAAAUGUUUGGAUAUUCGUCACCCGCAAUCGUUCAGGCUAUCGAAGCAUUAGACGUGAAUCGAGUUUGCACAGACUAUUGGGAUUCCAGGCCUUAUUCGCGGCCACAAGUUCAGUUCCCUGCAAAUCCUCUUCUCAGAGAAGCCAACACAAGUGUUAGAUCGGAUGGGGCAAAACUCCAGCUAAACCCUGGACACCAUUCAUUGCCUACUGGAGUAAACUCUAUUCUCAAAGUUCUGUUCAAGAAAGCUAACCUGGAGGAACUAAGCUCACUUCAACAGGUUUUAAGUGAGACUAACUCAAAUUUGGUGACCGAAAUUGUGAAGGAAGAGAUCCAGAACCGUCGCUGAUUUGAUUCGAAGGGGAUUGAUUUUAGAGUGUACAUACGGAGUUGAAUCCGCUCACUGUUUUGCAGGAUGAGGCUCCCUUCCCUACUCAUUCUUUUUGGAUACCCUUACAGAGGAAGGAUAUAAACAUAUAGCUAAAAA